GAUGACGGCCGCAGCAGCCGAGCAGCGAACAUCAGCCAGCUGAGCUUUCUGCAAAGUAUUUAACGAGUUUAUUUCUUCCCAAUCAAGAAGAAAUAAAAGCACAGUUAUGUUUACGUCGCUUCGAAAGGCUUGCAGCCUUUCGCUGCUAAAGAAUAUACGGAAUCUACAAACAUCAGCUGUGCGAACCUCUGAUGCUCUAUUCGUUCAUAGAGAUACAGAACAGGAUAACCCUAACAUACCGUUUGAGUUUGACGCUGCAAAUAAGAAGCGAAUUGAAGCAAUUCUUAAGAUUUAUCCAGAAGGUCACAAGCGAGGAGCUAUGAUUCCACUGCUGGAUCUUGCUCAACGUCAGCAUGGUUGGCUACCAAUUUCAGCGAUGCACAAAGUUGCAGAAAUUCUUGGAGUAUCGAACAUGAGAGUGUACGAGGUCGCUACUUUUUACACAAUGUUCAAUCGCAGACCAAUGGGCAAAUAUCAUGUUCAAGUGUGUACUUGUACCCCAUGCUGGUUAAGAGAUUCUGAUAGUAUUAUGAAGGCUGUCAAGGAACUUACUAAUUGCGAAGUCGGUGGAAAUUCGCCCGACAACAUGUUCUCCAUCUCUGAAGUUGAAUGUCUAGGUGCCUGUGCCAAUGCUCCGAUGUUACAAGUCAACGAUGACUACUAUGAGGAUUUGACACCAGAAACAACAGCAACUAUUAUAAACGCUUUAAAGCGAGGAGAACGGCCAGCACCAGGACCUCAGUGUAAAAAUCGAUACGCAGCUGAACCAAAUGGAGGUCUUACUUCACUGACUUCUCCGCCAAAAGAACCUAGUUUUGGAGUACGAUCAGAUUUGUAGAUAUGAAAUAUCUUUUAAAUUAUUCGAGUACCAAUAGAAUUAUAUCUUAGAACUAUUUGUUCUCAGAAGGUUCCAAAGUAAACAAGUAAAAAAAUUAAUUAUUACUUUUUGAAUCAUUAAAAAACCUUGACAUUUUGAUAUGUAAAACUGCUGAAAUUUUUUGGCUACCUGGAAGCAUAACUGUAUAUCCAUAGUGUAACACAUAACUACACAGUAUGAUUGCAGUACUGCACUCUUGUAUAUAUAAUAAACAAUUUCAUUAAAAUUGAAA